AUGGAUCCCAGUGUUCCACCACCUGCAGAUGCUGUCAAAAGCACCAAUGUCUCCCUGGAGGAUCAGACGCUGCUACUUCUGGCUCGGUUGAUGGAGGGAGGCCGGGAGGACGAGGACACUUGCAAAGACCUGAAUACUCUUACCAGACUGCUCACUGAGGACUCCUCGGAUGCUGCUAGAUCUUCUGAGCCACACAAGUCACUUUACAAGUUGUGUGAUGAAGAGUGCAUUGACACCAUCUUGGGUCACUUGGACAUGAGGCAUCCACCAACUGUCCGGGGCCACGCAACUCUGACUACCUCAGCAUACCUGAAAGCUGCUGGCGAAACAGGCAUCAAGACACUGUCGAGUUUCUUCACUACAAAAGUCAGCAAAGGCACUUAUGAUGACCUCAUCACUGCCUUCUCCGUGGCCGCUUGUCUAUUUCCUAUCGUUCCAGAUGUCAUCGCAGACCUGUUCUUGGGUGAGGGGUUUGUCGUUUCUCUUGGGCCUCUCAUGAUGAGAAAAUGGAGGAGCAGGAAAGUGGAGCAAGCUGCUUUAGAGAUGUUGAACGCUGCCUGUAUGAACACGCCCUCUCGGGAGGCGAUCAAGAAGUACUGUUCCGAGUGGCUGGACGAGAUCGUCAACAGUUCUCCUUCUGCUCCCGUCGACGUGUCUUCACCAGAAAGAAAAAAAUUUGUAGAAGACGGCUCCAUUCAGCAAAGAAUGCAUUCCGAAGAAGUCAGAAAUUUAGCAGCGGUUGUCCUGGCUAAGCUGCAGGCUGUUCCAUCGGCCCCGAGUGCUGGAGAAGAGGAGCGUAUACAGCCAGCGACCACCAGUAUCGAAGAACUCUCAGACAUGUUCAAGACUAUGCUAUCCACAACUAGCUCGCAGAACAGCUCAAUAGAAGGCUUGGCUUAUGCCUCCUUGCAACCAAAAGUUAAGGAAAGUCUGGCUUCGGAUCAACCUUUCCUGAAGACUUUGGUCAAGGCAUUGGGAGAAGCACCUGCCAAGUCACCUGCAACCUAUGGAGCUCUCACUAUCCUGGUCAAUCUGACAACUUAUCUGCCAGCGCUUUCGGAUGAACAGAAACGGAUGAGCCAGCUCAAAGCAUACGCCAACGCCACAAAAUCGACAACGUCAGAAGAUCCUAUUAACGACGACGAUCACGUUUCAAAACGCUGUAAAGCUGUGUUUGACGCUGGGGUUAUUCCAGUUCUAGUCACUCACAGCCAGCAUGGAUCGGCUGCAUCCUUGAUGCUCGUCGUCUCGAUAGUCAACUCGCUCUCCAAAAACACUAAGAUCAGAGGGCAGAUGGCACAGCAAGGAGCCGUGAAGCUUCUCCUACACGCAUACUCAGUCUUCCCAGCCGACAACAUCCCAGCACGCCGCACCACAGCCCACGCACUGGCCCGCAUUCUCAUAUCCACGAACCCUCAGCACGUCUUCGGGGGCUCCAACCCAUUAUCAGUGACAUCCGCCGUCCGACCACUCCUGCUUAUACUCGGCGACGACCCCUCAGUCGAACACCGAGAUCUUCUCCCCGUCUUCGAAUCCCUCCUCGCGCUCACCAAUCUCGCCUCAACCGACGACACAGCCCGGAACCCUAUAGUCCGCAUCGCAUUCCCACAGAUCGAGGAGCUUCUGCUCUCAAACAAUAAAAUGGUAACCCGCGCAACAGUCGAGCUAAUGUGUAACUUGAUGCAAGCUCCAGAAGGGGUUGCCAAAUUCGCAGAUGGAGGAAAGCAGGCUAGUCAACGCAUGCACAUCCUACUCGCCUUGACUGACGCCGAGGAUUUCGAGACGAGGAGAGCGGCUGGUGGUGCGAUUGCCAGUCUUACCGAGUGGGACACUGCCGUCAAUGUCAUCUUGGAGAGGGAUAGGGGCGUGCCGCUCCUGCUUGGGCUGUGCAAAGAGGAUCAGGAGGAGCUGCGGCAUCGGGGUGUGGUGUGCGUUCUGAACAUCAUGACGGCGCCUGGGAAGGUUGGCGAGUGGGGAGUCAAGAAGGUUAAGGAAGCUGGAGGCGUUGAUGCAUUGAAGGAGUGUCUGAAGAAAUCACGGAGCCAGGAGGUUUUAGAGAUUACCGUCAAGGCGUUGAAGAAGCUGCUGUCGGAUGAGAAAGCCGGCUCCGCGCUCCUUGCGGCGUAG